CUCCCUGGCCGCCCUGCAUCAGCGGCUAGACUGCGCAUGCGCGUCAGUGGCGCUAGCUGCGGACCCGGCAGGCAGUUCCUUCCUCAGAAGGAGAGAUUCCUCUGCCAUGGAGUCCUACGAUGUGAUCGCCAACCAGCCUGUUGUGAUCGACAACGGAUCCGGUGUGAUUAAAGCUGGUUUUGCUGGUGAUCAGAUCCCCAAAUACUGCUUUCCAAACUAUGUGGGCAGACCCAAGCAUGUUCGUGUCAUGGCAGGAGCCCUCGAAGGAGACAUCUUCAUUGGCCCCAAAGCUGAGGAGCACCGGGGGCUGCUCUCCAUUCGGUACCCCAUGGAGCAUGGCAUUGUCAAGGACUGGAAUGACAUGGAGCGCAUCUGGCAAUACGUCUAUUCUAAGGACCAGCUGCAGACUUUCUCAGAGGAGCAUCCUGUGCUCCUGACGGAGGCACCUUUAAACCCACGGAAAAACAGGGAACGAGCUGCCGAAGUUUUCUUUGAGACCUUCAAUGUGCCAGCCCUUUUCAUCUCCAUGCAAGCUGUGCUCAGCCUUUAUGCCACAGGCAGGACCACAGGUGUGGUGCUGGAUUCUGGGGAUGGCGUCACCCAUGCUGUGCCCAUUUAUGAGGGCUUCGCCAUGCCCCACUCAAUCAUGCGUAUUGACAUCGCUGGCCGAGACGUCUCUCGCUUCCUUCGUCUCUACCUGCGUAAGGAGGGCUAUGAUUUCCACUCAUCCUCCGAGUUUGAGAUUGUCAAGGCCAUAAAAGAAAGAGCCUGCUACCUAUCCAUAAAUCCCCAGAAGGAUGAGACACUAGAGACGGAGAAGGCUCAGUACUACCUGCCCGAUGGCAGCACCAUUGAGAUUGGCCCUUCCCGAUUCCGAGCACCUGAGCUGCUGUUCAGGCCAGACCUGAUUGGCGAGGAGAGUGAGGGCAUCCAUGAGGUGCUGGUGUUUGCCAUCCAGAAGUCUGACAUGGACUUGCGGCGCACACUUUUCUCUAACAUUGUCCUCUCAGGAGGCUCCACCCUGUUCAAAGGUUUUGGUGACAGGCUACUGAGUGAAGUGAAGAAACUGGCUCCAAAAGACGUGAAGAUCAGGAUAUCUGCACCUCAGGAGAGACUGUAUUCCACGUGGAUUGGGGGCUCUAUCCUCGCCUCCCUGGACACCUUUAAGAAGAUGUGGGUCUCCAAGAAGGAAUACGAGGAAGAUGGUGCCCGGUCCAUCCACAGGAAAACCUUCUAAUGUUGGGACAUCAUCUUCACCUCUCUCUGAAGUUAACUCCACUUUAAAACUCGCUUUCUUGAGUCGGAGUGUUUGCGAGGAACUGCCUGUGUGUGUGAGUGUGCGUGUGGGUGUGUGGGUACGAGUAUGUGCGCCUAUGCGAGUGUGGCCCAGGGAUCCUAGGGCCCAGAAAGGACAGUGAACUACCCAUGAUGGUGAUGGCCUGAGGCCUGGGGUUGACCACUAACUGGCCCCUGACAGGGAAGAGUGCUGGCAGAGGGCCCCACUCCUUCGUCAACUGGGUCUUUUGUCUGGCUGUGUGAGACUGUUUACUACCAUGGGGAGACAAGGAGGGAGGUAAACCCAACCCCCAGGAGACCUUGCUGCUGCCCAUUCCAGGCUGGGUGAGCCCCACCCCCACCCCACCCCCAGGGUGCCCUGAGGCCCAAGGCAGCUGCUGCCUCCCUUGCUCAUCAUUCUAUUCUCGAUGUCUCUCGAUCAUGGACCGAGGACUGGGACCGGGGUUGAGUUCUGUCUGGUUUUGAUUGCAGUUUGGGUUUGGGCAGUUGGAAGGGCUGUUACUAAAGUAACUCCAGGGUCAGGAGAGGGCAGGAUGCCCUCAACUUCACCUGGGGACCAGGGACUACACUGGGAAUUAGAGGAGGGCAGGAGUAGUGCUACUUCAGAUUGGCAGCCAAGUUAAUGUUCCAACCCCCAACCCCAUCCAGGGGGCCUUGGAGAAUUUAAGGAGCCUGUUGGCUCCAGGCCCUGUUAACUUUUCAUCCAUCCUUGGGCAAUGCCAUCUUCAAACAGUUUUAUUUAUUGAAGUGUCUGUCCAGUAUGGGGACUGAAGAGAGGGAGCUCAGUGCCUCCUGCCACCAGUCACCCUGUUCACACUAAUGUUUACAGCACCUAAGCUUCGUGUAGCCUCCAGGCCCACCACUGCCUGCUUAGGGUAAACGACAGUAUCCAUAGGUUGAGGCCACUUGGGAUCUGAGGCUACACGUGAAAGUCACUCCCGUUAUUAGCCUUUCUUUCUCCCUCUUCCGCUUGCUCACUGCCCUAGAAUCACCAGGCUGGUUGGAUUUUCUGAAACAGGAGGUAGAAUCAAUCUUUGGCAGAGGCUCUCCCUAAUACUGGAAAAUGAGCUGCAAUUAACCAAGUUGCCUUUUCCCACUCUAGCUGACUCGGAGGCUAGGCUGUAGAAAUGAGAAGGCCCCCUCUGGGCUGAUUUUGUGCCAUUCUUGACUUUGGACUUGUUUGGUUCGGGAGGGAGGAGGCCAGACCCGAGUGCCUGGAGCUGAUGGACUCAGGCUUAUCAGCACCUGCCCUGAGCCGGGCUGGCCGAGCAGUGGUCCAAACGCCGUUCAGCCUGGGUAGUACUAAACCUGGGGCUAGCAGAUGUUCACCGGCACCCUCACCUGACACCAAGACCUGCCCCAAUCCCAAGUUCUAGGCAGUAUUCUUCCCUAUGCCACCCAACAACCAAAGGCCCUGCCAGGUGUGGGCCACAGCAGCAGGUGUGUGUGAAAGCUAUGUGGCAACCCGUGGACUGCAGUGUGCUUAACCAGCUCACCUCCCUUCUCUUAGCCCAAGCCUGUCCCUCGCACAGCCUCGCACAAACCACGUUGCCUGGUGGGGCCCAGUGUACUUAAAUAAAGUCCUUCCAAUAGACACGUCA